AUGGGUUCUCAGAUCCCCAAUCUCCCUGCACCCGUCGACCACCCCGACUCGAUGCUGUCCCGGAAAUUCGGACGGGAGACCGUCAACUACUUCGCCGGCAGCGCCCUGAACCGUGUUGGCUGGCUGCGGACCGACCACACCUUUAUCAGAUCCGCGUUCCAGGCCAAGGAGACCAACUUCAUGCUCCUCAAGGACCUCAGCCCUUUGACCAGCGCCCCCUCAAAACUCGCAUUCGUGUCUUUUGACGAUGUCAAGUCUGUGACCUCGGAGGACCCUUUUGGGCCUUCCGAGGAGGACCUUAUCAAGAACUACGACUCCUCCGUCUCCCGCCCGCUCAUCAUCUUCCUCGGCUUGGAGGAGGGCGCCAAGGUCCCGUUUGAGUACAAGGGUCUCCAGGGCCGUCCUUGGUUCGCCGUUGACGUGACCCCCAAAGGCCCGUACGCAGAGGCUGCCAACCAGCUCAUCGAGGCUCAGUCUGCCAAGGGCAACAACUUCCUCCAGGGUACCAGGCAUAUUACUCUCGAGCCGGAUGCUGCCGGCAUCUACGCCCAGGCCAGGUCGCUUGCUGACUGGAACUCCCGCAACAAGUUCUGCGCGGGCUGUGGGCAAACCACCCUGUCGGGAAACACUGGCUACAAGCGCCUGUGUCCUCCCACGGAUCUUGCUGGAACCGGGGCUGCGCUUGACAGGCCCGAAUGCCCCACGCGCGGCGGUGUCUCCAACAUCAGCUUCCCCAGGACAGACCCGACCAUGAUCGCCGCCGUCGUCUCUGCCGACGGCCAGAAGGUGCUCCUUGGUCGCCAGAAGAGGUGGCCUCCCCACUGGUACAGCACCCUCGCGGGCUUCAUCGAGCCGGGCGAGUCCAUCGAGGAGUCUGUCCGCCGCGAGGUUUUGGAGGAGAGUGGUGUGAGAGUUGGCAGAGUCGUCAUCCACUCGAGCCAGCCGUGGCCGUACCCUGCCAGCUUGAUGAUUGGAGCCAUCGCCCAGGCUCUUCCUGACGGCGAGACCAUUGACCUUGGAAACGACCCUGAGCUCGAGGACGCCCAAUGGUUCCCUUUUGAGACUGUGAGGGAAGCGCUCAAGACCGGCGUGAGCGGCCUUGGAGAGGCGGCACCCGAGGGAUACAAGGAGGGCAGCCUCCGUCUGCCUCCCCCCACGGCCAUUGCCAACCGUUUGAUGACUGCGGUGAUUGAGGGAUACGCAACCACCAUCCCCAAGAUGUGA